UGUCGUGUGAGAAAAACUAAAGAAAAAUUAUUCGUGUCGAAAAAUUUUUCUCUCGUUAAAAAAAUGGCCUUAUCAAACCUUGAUCAAAUGCUUGAACAAAUUAAAUCGACAGUUUUCAAUGACAAUUUACCGAUUACCAUACAUGAUGUUUGUAGAAAAUAUCAGCUACAUAUUGAUGAUGCGAAAGAAAUUCUGAAUAAAUUCAUUACCAUAAAUAAAGGAUUGUCUGUAAACUAUUAUCUGCAUUGGAAUGUGAAGGAUGAUAUAACGCUUCAACGAUUUCUAAUCGUAAAUGGUGAUGAUGAUCUGAAUUUCUAUCGCAAUUCACAUGAAAAUGUUCAUCAUUAUGUUUAUGGUGUUUCAAAGGAAAAAAUCAAUACAGAUUUAGUGUUCAACAAAAAUAUAUUCGAUCCUCGUCAUGUAAAUUUUGAUACCAUACAAAAGACUUCGUACAUUCGUAAUGAUCUGGUAAAAUAUCGUCCAAAUAAACGUGAUUCGUUGAUCAAUACAUCCACCGCAGAUAAAAAUGAUCAAAAUCAUCAAACACGAUCGGGUAGAAUUUCGGUAGAAAUCGAAAUGAAUAAUACCGAAUCACCAAAUAAAAAACGUCAACAACAAGAUGAACCGAUAACUAAACAAGAAUCAGUGAAAAAAUAUAAACGAAUUAAAAUUGAGGAUGAUGAAAAUAUGAUGGAUGAUUGUGAUGAUAAAAUGCUUGAUGAUUUAAUUGAGAAUGAGAUUGAAUCGAAAAAAGCUGACCAUUGCAAACCACCAUUGCAACAACAACAACAACAACAACAUCAAAUCAGCCAGCGAAAAAACAAAAUGUUCUCAAAGUUAAAACUCAAAAACAGUCAAGUAUAACAAGUUUUUUCAAAAAGAAGUAAUUUUUAUUACAAUUUAAUAUUUCUCAAUAAUUUCGUACAAUAAAAUGAAUUAUUCGAAUCGAUAA